AUCUACAUUAUUUGAUGUGCUUACUAGUUCUACACAGAGCAGAUUCUUAUGGGAUACUGGAGGAUGUUGCCAUGUCCGUCGCGGGCUUAGACAGCUUAAUACAUGCCCAAAGCCUAUUUAUAGAAGAGCUCUACGACUAUACCGUGGCUUUGCAGUCAACCAUUUACACAAUGGAGAGAUGCUUGUUUGAAGUGAGCUCAAAGAUACAACAGUGGAGGGCUGAUCCCGAGGCAUAUCUAGCCAAUCCCUUGAACAGUUUUGCGCUGAUACGGCGCCUCCAUGAGGAUUGGAGUUACAUUGAGACGUAUAUGCAACAUCCAGUAAGUUCGGAGUAUGCUGACAAUGUGUAUGGGCUUUUUGAGGACUAUGCGCCCACAGCCACAGACCUGGAGGAUGCCAUGAAGGCCAUCAUACGAAUACAAGACUGCUAUGACCUGGAGGCGGCGCAGCUGGCCAAUGGUCUGAUUGAUGGCAAGCAAUACGAUGCCCAGCUAAAUGCUCUUGACUGCUUUGCUAUGGCCGAGUUUUGCAAGGAGAAGCCACUUUUAAGCAAUGCUGUGGCCUGGUACAAGGAAGCUCUUGAAAGAUAUAACUAUAGCCAAGAUAACGAUCUAUAUGAUUCAGUUUAUAAGCUAACAGUGAAUGAUUUUUAUGGAAAAUAUGCCAACAAGCUUGCCGAAUACAAUAACAAUAAGGAGGCUUUAAAUGUGCUCAACAAAGCCGCUGAUUUACAUAAUGUACUCUGGCUACAGCGAAGAAUCCUGGAAGAUUCCGUGCGGCAUCUUAGCACAGGCUAUACGUUUGAAAAAGAUCCUCUGAAUUCCAUGCAAAUCGGUUGCCGAGGCCAGUUUCCAAAUUUAAUGCAAAUGUAUUGUUACUAUCAAAAUUCCAAGGAACCUUUCCUAAUAUUGGCACCGCUCAAAGUGGAAUUACUAAACAAUGAGCCUUACGUGGCACUAUAUCACGAUGUCAUCUAUGAAAAUGAAAUUAAAGAACUGUUGAGCGUAAAUCUUGCCAGCAUGAGACACGAUCGAACUACGGAUCAUAAAAACUCGGUUAAGUACACAACCGUGACGAGGCACCUGGAUGAUGUGCUCAAUCAUCGUGUUAUGGAUAUGACAGCCAUGAACGUGGCUUCCGAAAAGGACUUUCUGCUUAUCAACUACGGCAUAGGUGGCCACAUAAGAGCACUCUCCGAACAGCAGCGGCAACUGAACAAUGUCAUGGCCUCCAUUAUAUUUUUCCUAAGUGAAGUGCCGCAAGGUGGUGACACUAUUUUGCCAGAACUGGAAAUUGCCAUCAAGCCAAAAAAAGGUGCCGCAUUAGUAACGCAUCAUUUGGACAAGCAGCUAAAAAUUGAUCUUAGCUCGGAUCAUUUGUCGUGCCCCGUCUUGGUGGGCUCCAUGUGGAAACACGCCAAAACAUUAUCAGUUUGCCAUCCGAUUGGCUUCGAAGUGCAUAUAAUGAAGUUCCUACUCGCAGUUAUUUGUUUCUCAAUCUUGGUUUAUGGCACGCUUGCUAAUGGCCCGAAAAAUUACACGACAGAGCUGUAUAGCAGCUCCAUUGUGGGACUGUUAAAGCUGUUAGAUAUUGAGGAUAAGUUUGUGGCUAAUCUGCAGGAAUAUGCUGAAGCCCUGGAGGAAAGGUUGGAAACGCUACAAAUCUUUUUAAGGACACUGAAUCGUGAUGCUCUUAAGAACCCAAAAGAACAAGAGCAAUAUGUCUCAAAUCCGCUGAACGCAUUCGGACUUAUUCGACGCAUACGGCAAGACUGGCGCGCAUUACAAGUCUUGAUGGGGGCAAAGGCAGGUGCAGCACAGCUGGCAGCUAUGACAGAGCUUUUGGCCAAAGCGCCAACUGAGCAUGAUAUGGAAGAGUCGCUGGUGGGCAUAAAUCGCAUCGAGCUGACCUAUGACCUCAGUGCAAUUGACAUAGCAGAAGGACGCCUGCAGGGCAAGCAAUUCAACAAUACACUUUCGAUACGUGACUGUUUGGCCAUAGCUAAUCACAAUUAUGACAACAAGGACUACGGCCGGGCUUUGAUGUGGUACCACAUUGCAUUAAGGCGCGAAAACGAGCCGAAUUUUUUGACCUACAAUAAAAUUUUGGGUAGGCCCCUAAACGGUAUCCGUCGCAGAUUUGCCAGAGCGCGUCUAUUGCAAGGUAUGCCGUUCGUUGAGCCCACACUGAAUAAAACAGAAACGCUGGAAAAAGUAGAUGCAAUACUGAAGGCAACCAACGCAAGUCAAUUGGAUAACUUCGUAAAUGAACUUUUAGAACAUGAUGACAUGGACAUUUUGGGGGUAAACCUACUAAAAUCAAAGCCGACAGCCCAUUAUUUGGGCUGUCGUGGCCUUUUUCCCAAACCCAAAAAUCUAAGUUGUCGGUACAACUCGACAACCACACCGUUUCUGCGACUGGCGCCACUCAAAUUGGAGGAGAUCAGCCACGAUCCAUAUAUAGUCAUGUAUCAUAGUAUGCUCUCCGACAGCGAGAUCGAGAAAUUGAAGCGCCUAAGUGUGCACAUGGAAAAUGGCCUAUCGAGUACGGAUAAGCCGAAUAAUACAGAGCCGAUCGACAUCGUAGCACGUGCUGGCUGGCUGGUGGAGGCGACACCGUUUCUGGAGCGCAUCAAUCGACGCAUCACUGACAUGACGGGCUUCGAUGUGCAAGAUAUGUGGACUGUACUGUUGGCUAACUACGGCAUAGGCAGCUACUUCAAGCCCCACUACGACUACAUGUACGGUGGGCGUGUGUCUGGUGAGGCCGUUGCCGUGCUGGGCGAACGUAUAGCCUCUCUGAUAAUCUAUGCGAGCGAUGUCGCCCAAGGUGGGGCCACCAAUUUUCCCGACAUUCAAGUUGCAGUUCAGCCCCAGAAGGGCAACAGCCUGUUUUGGUAUAAUAUGUUUGAUGACGGCACACCGGAUCCUCGUUCCCUGCACUCGGUAUGCCCUACUAUUGUGGGUUCCAGAUGGAUGGUUGCACAUGUGGCCCCAGAUGUUUAUCAAGCCCUGCUACGGAAGGCCAUCGAAAUAAGACUCGAAGAUAAUUAAAAUGAUUUACUUUUUAGUGAUUCUUAAUUCCCUUAAAAUUCAUAUACAUA